AUGAUAGCCAUACGUUCUCAUCAGACUGUCGAUCACCACCACACCCUGAUACGAGGGAAACUCUCAGCUGAACACCACCUGUCCAACGGUACCAAAAGCAACGAGCUACCCCUGUUGAAAUCAGUCCCCACAGAGCAGCAGCCCUUGUUAUGUCGAGACUCAACACCAUCAAUAUCUACUCAAUCAAAUUCUACCUUUCCAUCGCCCAAUCUUUCCUUCAUAGACAAAUAUGGCCGGUAUCGCCAGAUGGUACACUAUGGCUCAAAUAGUACAACCCGGCUCCACGAAACCAAAACAAACGAGCAAAGGGGUAAUCAAUUGGUCGCCAUCAAAGUCUACAGACGCUCCAUCCUCAGAGGUCCCCAAAGCUCUUCCCAUGCAACAGCCCUCCAUCCAAGCCACCCAAAUAUCCUCCCAAUCCUGGAUAUCCUCCACAACGAACACAACGAGCUCUGCAUGGUAAUGCCCUAUUGCGCCGGCGGCGACCUCAACACCCUCCUAUCCCGAAAAGGCGCUCUCCCGGUCCAAGAAGCAGACUGUAUAAUAACCCAGCUCUUGCGAGCGCUCGCCUACCUACACGAUCACGGCCUGGCACACCGCGACGUCCGUCUCGAGACAGCCCUGCUCACUGCCAACGGAGCCGUAAAGCUAGCCGGGUUUGGCGAUGGACAUAUCCGACGCGUCUGGGAGGAAUCUAAUGGGAAAAGAGGAAUGCUUCCCCCACGACCACAGCCUCCACAGUCUACAUGGUCGUUCACACUACCGUGGCCGCUGAAUUCAUUGGGUCGUCAGAACUCAGAAUCAGGCAAUGACAGUAAGUCUGUCAUUGCGAACUCGCCUACCGCUUCGUUCGUGGGUAUGAGACUUCCUUAUAUUCCUCCGGAAGAGUUCAAGCUCUAUUUCCAAUCCCAUAUGCAUCGGGAUGAUAGACAUGAUGAUCGUGAUGAGUGCGAUUCUCGUCCUGCGGAUGUAUGGGCCUCUGCUAUGGUUUACAUGGCGCUCGUCACAGAUCGGAUGCUAUGGCGAAGUGCGCGUCCGAAUCAGGAGGAUGCGCGGUAUUUGGAUUAUCUUGAUGCUCGAAGCUCGUUGGAUGGUUACCCGCCGAUCGAGACUCUGGGACAGAGACGGCGCAACGCUAUCUAUGCAAUGUUGCAUCCCUACUCUUGGAAGCGUAUCACUGCUGCGACAUUGUUGCGAUCUGAAUGGAUAAGCAGUGUGGCGGUUUGCGAAGCAGGAGAAAAUGGAGACUGA